AUACGGGCAUACAUAAGAGCCUUUAUGAUUGUAUUCUGUAAAUAUUCAUUUCUCUUUAAUAAAUAGGUGUUAGUGGCCCGUUGUUAGGUUCCCUAUUGAACAGUUCCUCCACUUGACCCGGGAGCACUCAAUCGACCGUAACAGUACCAUGCGGAGCUUGUGGCUAAAUACGUUGACCAAGCAAAGCUUGUAUCGGCUGAGUGCCAAGAGGUACUCCACCAACAACGAGCCCAAGGAACCCGUGGUGAGGACUAAAUCGAUACCUGGCCCCAAAUCACUUGAGCUUAAAAAGCAGCUGGAUUCUGUUCAGGCAACGGGAACCAUCCAAUUGUUUGCUGAUUACGAAAAGUCCAUUGGAAAUUACCUCUACGAUGUUGAUGGCAACAUCUUACUCGAUGUCUACACUCAAAUCUCAUCAGUUCCCUUAGGCUACAACCAUCCCAGACUGUACAAGGUCUUUAACAAUGAGCAAAACGUGAAAACUUUGAUUAACAGACCUGCCCUAGGUGUCUUCCCUGGCAAAGAAUGGCCGGAAAAACUACAUUCGGUUCUUUCGAACAUUGCACCGAAAGGACUUAACAAGAUCACAACGAUGAUGUGCGGCUCGUGCUCGAAUGAGAACGCCUACAAGAGCAUCUUUAUCUGGUACCAAAACAAGCUUCGCGGUAACAAACCCCUCACUGAGCAGGAGAAGAACUCUUGCAUGAUCAACAUUCCGCCGGGAGCUCCGAAACUAAGUAUCCUCUCCUUCAAGGGAGCUUUCCACGGGCGUACUUUGGGUGCCCUCUCCACCACGCAUUCGAAGUAUAUCCACAAGCUGGACGUUCCUUCCUUCGAUUGGCCUAUUGCCUCGUUCCCGGAGUACAAGUAUCCCUUGGACGAAAAUGUAGCGCACAACAAGAAGGAGGACGAAAAGUGCCUUAGCGAAGUGCAGGAUCUCAUUCAGCAGUACGCAAGCAAGAAUCCUGUCGCCGGAAUCGUGGUGGAGCCCAUUCAAAGUGAGGGUGGAGACAACGAGGCAUCGCCCGAGUUCUUCAGGAGUCUUCAGGCCAUUUGCAAGAAGAACGGCAUCGCCCUCUUGAUCGAUGAAGUCCAGACCGGCGGAGGCAGCACCGGCAAGUUCUGGGCCCAUGAGCACUUCAACUUGGAGAGUCCCCCCGAUGUCGUGACCUUCAGCAAGAAGCUGCAGCUGGGCGGCUACUUCCACAACGAUGACUUCAUUCCGAACGAGCCGUACAGAAUUUUCAACACCUGGAUGGGCGACCCAGGAAAAGUCCUGCUCCUGGAGGAGGUGGUGAAAGUGAUUCAGGAAGAAAAGCUUUUGGCCAAUGUCGAUGUGGCCGGAAGGGUUUUGAAGAAUGGUCUGCUAGACCUGGAGAAGGAAUUCCCACAUAUCUUGAACUCCACUCGUGGACGUGGAACAUUCUUGGCCAUUAAUUGCACCAACACCAAAGUGCGAGAUCAAAUAAUUGGCGCCCUGAAGUUGCAAGGCAUCCAAACCGGAGGUUGUGGAGAAAUUUCCAUAAGAUUCCGCCCAGCUUUGAUAUUUAAGGAAUAUCAUGCAAACAUCGUCCUGGACCGCUUCCGCAAAGUCCUUCAAGCUAUUUAAGAAGACGAUAUAAAAACCCAAAGAUGAUUGUGCUCUGAAAAUUGCAAGUGCAUGCAGUUUAUAUAUGUUACCAAAAUGAAUAAUAAAAUGAAAUUAUUUUAUCCCUCUGUUAA